AUGGUCACUUCUACUACUGCCAUCGGUAAUAAUGAUAAUACCAAAGUAAUGUCCUCUAUUACAGCACAUUUUUGGCCAAAUGUUAAAGGUCAACUGACUACAGGUAAUAAUAACAUUAAUACAGCGAGCAGUGGUUACUAUAUUGAUUCAGAGAUUGAUUCAAACUCGUUUUUACCAGUAAAGCCAUCAACGAGUACCAAAUACACUGAGGAGGGAUGUGAGCUUCCCAAGAUAGAGAUUCUUCCAGAAGAAACAAAUCAGAAUGUGUCAUCAUCAAGUGAUAAUUUGCAGUUUACUGGCCGAAUACAAAAUCGGACAAAUUUUUGCAAGCCUAAGCAUCUGAAUAACUUUAAUGAUGUGAACAAAAAUUAUAUACCGGUAAUAGCAUCAAACAAUGGAAGAUCUCGAAGUGAAAGUCGAACAUUCCAAGCGCAGAAUCCGUCAAUGACAGUGCCGAAGAAAGCACUUUCAAUGGAUGCAGUCAAUGUUCAUUCAAAUUCUCUAUAUCUAAUGGAAGCUCUAGAAACUCUCGGAGAUGUACAGCCUCGUGUGGCUCGAUCAAUCCCGAAACAUGCUGCCGUUAAUACCGAGAAAUUUGCAGCGCAUUCUUUAGAUAAUUGCUUGUUCGAUGCAACUGUAUAUGAUGCCAUGCUGUAUGAUUCACUUAAGGUUCGUUCCUUGGAAUUACAAUUUAUGAGGGUUUUCAUGACUUUAUUAGCUUAA